AUGGGACUUGGAGACAAAAUUGAAGCUGCCGUCGAGAAGAUCGACGAGAAGGUCGAGAAGGUGACCAAUCCUGAGUACCUCGACCAGAAUCACGGAAAGACCACCGAGACCAACGAGCAGUUUGACCCUGCGUACGCCUCCCAGAACCCCAAGCCUGGAAACGCUGACAUUGCCUCGUUUGAGCCUGCUUACGGUGGAUCCACCGACUCUGCUCCCGGCACCGAGGCCACCAAGGACUGUGCUUACUAG